AUGGCGUCGACAGCAGAAGCAUCCAAUGAAGACUCAAAGCCGGACGUGUACUCUUUAGAGAGCCUCUGGAAACGGUACAUGGAGGAGAAGAAAAUUAGUAAAGAGCUUCCGAAUGGUGGGCUCCUUCGACCUCAGAUGGAAGCGCUGAUUGACCAACCAAAUUAUAAGUACUUGAAAAAGCAUAUUUUGAAGCUGCAAGAGCAAGGCAACAAAGAAGACAUUUGUCGUAUUCUAAAGCAGUUGGCCCAGCAUGAAUUGGCUCCGGGAAUGGUCCCAUUGCCACUCCAGCCUCGAACGCAACAUCCAGACGUGCAAACUUUUUUUGAGGUGUCCUCAGUUGCCCAAACUUCCAUAGAUGUCGACGAUGAUGAUUCGUUGGAAGUGAAUCGCAGCAAUUCAAGUCCUGAAAGCGUUCUCAGUGAUGAGCAGACAGCUAACAACGGCAAUGCCAACCCACAUGACUCUACUAGCCUGGCAGAGCGUCUCUACGAAAGGUACCUUCGGGCUGUGGGAUGGGAGACACGAUAUGGUCUGAUCAUUCCAGCAACCUUGAGGGAUCUAUCAAUUGCCACAAUCAUGGCUUUUGGAGAAAAUGGUGUCCACUGUGCUGAUGACGAGGAAAGCCUGCUUGCAAUGUUCAAUAAGUACGGUGAAGUUGCCAAGGACACUCCUGAAGGACAAGACCCUGUUCUUCUUGACUUUGACCCCACUCAUCUCGUGCAAUGGAAGCAAGAGAUCAUUGGUGAAUAUGAUCGUUUCCCCUCGAAUAUUGGCAUGUACGAGACUCUCCUCAAGCUAGCUAGGAUUCGGCUACUCCUCGGGCUAUUAUUCUUGGCCCGCAAACUGCACUAA